AUGACGCAGCGCAUCUCUAGCCAGCGCUUCCGUCAGCGCAAGCUGUCCACCAAGCAGAAUUUGGCCAUCUUGCGCGAAAGUGAGGUCGAAAACCUCGCCGAUGAAGAGGCGCAGCGUCACAUCCCAAAGGUCGAGACCGGUGUUGAGAAGGGCGAAGAGAUAGAACACCAUCUCCAAGCCGUCAUCAACGCGGCUGCCGUCGGCGGCCAGGUCGCGCAGCUCUACAUCCCUACCCCCGAUGCCACCGUGAGUAAGCUGAAGUAUGACGAUGUGUAUCCGAAACGGUGGGUGCAGCCCGCCACGUACAUCCGCUUCUCGUCGACCGUCGAAGACUGCAAAGGUACGCAGUACUGCAUGACGAGUGAGGAUGAGGUUGCGCUCAAAGCUCUGAACGCGAAGAAGCCCGCUGGCCUGCAGUGCACUGAGGACUGGUUCGAGGAGGUCUUCGACUUCUUCGAGCGCACGGCGCAGGAGAAGCAGCCCUUCGCUGCUGUAGACAACACACCAGCCCUGCCAUAUGAGGAGUUUGAAAACAGCUUCGAUGAGACCAUUAGUGAUCCUGCGCGGAAGUUCGCAAAAGACAUCUACGACUACUGGAAGCAACAGCGGAUAAAGCGAGGCAGCCGUAGCUUGACGCCAAUGCUCAAGUUCGAGACCAACCUUGAGACUGAUGACUCGGAUCCGUACGUCUGCUUCAGACGCCGCGAAGUCCGCCAGGCUCGCAAGACUCGCGGCAGAGAUGCCCAAGUGACCGAGAAGCUGAAGAAGCUGAGGCACGAGCUCGAGCAGGCGAGGGAACUGAUGUACUUUGUGAAGCAGCGAGAAUAUGGACGGAGAGACCAGCUGGGCAAUGACAGACUAAUCUUCGAGAAGCGGAUGGAGGUCAAAGAGACCAAGCGCAAUCUUGGCAUCAAGGGUGACGACGAAGAUCUCAUCAACCAGAGACCUGUUCCGAAGCCGAAGCCGAAGCUCGAUCCAAAUGGCCAUCGUGUCCCUCCUGGUAUGGUCUCCAAACCUCAGCUCUCCCGUGUCGAUGGUCGUCCUCUGGACAACGACCUCAUCACCUUGGAGGAGCAGCUCGCGAAGCGGGAAGACGAGAUUACCCGCUCGAUCGAGUCGAACAAGGAGAAGCAUCGCGAGUGGAACAAACACUACGUGGACGUGACUUGGCGAGCCAUCACGCCGCCUCUCGAGGAAGAGAGCCAACCGGCAUUUCGUGCCGCCAUCACAGAGUACUUGCCAACGCCUCCUGCGUCAGUGUCGUCAGAAGAGGCAGCAGAUGCCAACAAGCAGCACCCUGCCCAACCUGAAAAACGUGGUGACGAGAGCACUCUGAUCCGCUACGCCACUCCGCCCCAGGAAACCUUUGUUGGACGGCCGUCAUUCAGGCGAAGGACAGGCCGUGGCGGACGUCUCAUGAUAGAUCGGCGAGGACUGAAGCGGCCCGCAGAUGAGAACAAUGACGAUCGUGUAGCAGAGCGCUUCAAGUACGACCGGGACAGCGACGAAGAAGAAGACGUCAUCCCCAUCGACUUUUACGCUGAUGCUGCAAUCAAAUACCGUAUCCUGAUGGACAGGUCUGUUUCCAGGGAGGCCGCAAUGCAUCAAGCGGUAGCCCGGCGGACUUUGGCUGCUGCAGCAGCCGCAGCUGCGCAAGGAUCACCACACCCUGGACAAGCUGGCCAGCCAACACCACAGAGGAUAACAACCGGGCCCAGCUGA